AUGCUGUCAACCUGUAAGGAUGUCGAAAGUAAAAAUCUCUAUAAAACAUAUUGGCUUUAUUGGCGACUUUUGGGCGUCGAAGGCGAUUAUCAAUUCCGAUGGUUACUGGAUUUUGUGAUCACCUUUUUCAUCACCACUUGGUACCCCGUGCAUUUAAUCCUUGGACUGUAUAAUAAGCCGGUCGUUCAAGUCUUCAGGAGUCUGCAUUUCACAGCAGAAUGUAUCUUCUGCAGCUUUAAAUUUAUCUGCUUUCGAUGGAAACUUUCGGAAAUUAGGGUCAUCGAAAAAUACCUUCAGGAAUUGGAUAAGCGAGCUGAUAGUGACGAAGAACGCCGAUACUUUGAUCAAAAUCCACGAAGUGUGGCCCAAACACUCUCGAAAGGCUAUUUAGUGGCUGCUACAUCUGCGGUAAUCACUGCCAUCGCUGCUGGUUUAUUUAGUAGUGGCCGUAAUUUAAUGUAUGCGGGUUGGUUUCCUUAUGAUGUUCAAGCCAACGCACUAGUAUUUUGGAUUAGCUUCACUUAUCAGGCUAUUGGGUCCAGUAUGUUGAUUCUGGAAAACCUUGCCAACGAUUCAUAUCCCCCAAUAACAUUUUGUGUAGUCACCGGACAUGUGAGACUUUUGGCAAUGCGAUUAAGUCGAAUUGGGCAGGAUGAGAAGACAUCAAUGGCUGAAAAUAAAAUGCAACUCAUCGAAGGAAUUAAGGAUCACAGGAAGCUAAUGCAAAUAGUUUCCUUGCUCCGCAGAAUUUUGUAUCUUACCCAACUGGGUCAGUUCCUUUCGAGUGGAAUCAACAUUGCAAUAACGCUGGUCAACAUCCUUUUCUUUGCGGAAAACAAGUUUUCGAUGACUUACUAUGCUGUGUUCUUUGCGGCCAUGUUUAUAGAGUUAUUUCCAAGCUGUUACUACGGAACGCUGAUGACGAUGGAGUUCGACAAAUUACCAUACGCCAUUUUCUCAAGCAACUGGAUUAAGACUAAUAAGGAAUACAAACGAUCCUUAAUAAUUAUAAUGCAGUUUAUGAUUGUUCCGGUAGAUAUUAAAGCUGGCGGUAUUGUUGGCAUCGACAUGAGUGCAUUUUAUGCAACUUGCCGUAUGGCCUACUCCUUUUUCACAUUAGCCAUGUCGUUUCGAUUCUAGGAGUACAGGAUUACAUUUAAAAGCCGCUCUCAAAACAAAUAAACAUUUAACCAAGCCUAACAACAAAAGUUAUAAGUAUAUCAUUAAAUAACUAUAAAAUUCUUGUAAGCACUUAUAACAUUUACGUGUCAUUUAUCUAAUUUU